CUUCCUGCUAUCAUACCGCACACACCCCAUUUGCUUGGGAUAUGUUUCUUUCGUUUUCAUUUCCCGGAAGGAUUAAAUGUGAAAUUGUGUGUCUCGGUUGGUCCUGCUUUAAAAGGACAUUGUAAGUGCGCGUAGACACAAUCUACAAAACUUGGGACAACAUCUUGUGAUUUUCCCCCCUACACUAUCUGCACAAGCCUAUAGAAAAUGUUAAUAUGGAAGAAGUUUGUCCUGCAGUUUUGGUGAAGCAAGAGAAUAAAGACCGUCUUUUACUGAAGCCACUGACACAAGGGGCGCAUAUUGCUCCGUCCUUUUAUCACAGCCCCUCUCACCUUCUUCUAGCUGCUUCUUCUUCAAUGCAAGACGACCUAUGGCAUUUACCUGGACGUCUGCGUAUAAACCCAUCACUGUGGGAUAAGGAGGAUGUUGCCUUGUGGUUGGUCUGGGCUCAGAAGGAGUACUCUUUGCGCCCUCUUGAAAAAGGACACUUUGAAAUGAACGGACGUGCGUUAUGCCUCUUGACUAAAGAAGACUUUAGGCGACGCUGCCCCAGUUCAGGUGAUGUACUAUAUGAGAUUCUACAGUGUGUGAAACAACAAAGAAGAAAAGCUUGUGAAACCCCACAAAUGCCUAAAACUUGCAAUGCAACCCAAAUUCAAAGCCCAGUUUGUAGCCUGAUCUCCAGUCACAGCACCCAGCCUGCUCCAGCCAUACCAGACCCUAGUUCGACCAUCACUGCUCCACCACAGUGCAGCCUACGAGACCCUCCUUUAAUUGUGUACCAGCCACACACUCCACUAACCCAAAAUAAUGAAUCAACAAUAAAAGCCGAGCGUUCUCUAAACAACAGCCCUGACCCAGAGCCUCUGAACCUGUCCAGUCGGAAGAGGCCACGAAGUCCUAUUCAAGCAGCUAAUGGGCGCAUCCCGGAAUGCCGGCUACUGUGGGACUAUGUCUAUCAGUUGUUGUGCGAUGAACGCUAUCAGGAGUACAUCCGGUGGGAGGACCCAGACAGCCUUGUGUUCAGAGUGGUGGACCCCAAUGGUCUGGCACGUCUCUGGGGGAACCAUAAGAACCGAGACAACAUGACCUAUGAAAAAAUGUCCCGUGCAUUGAGACACUACUACAAACUCAACAUAAUAAAGAAAGAGCGAGGCCAGAAACUCCUCUUCAGAUUCCUGAAGACACCCCAAGAUAUUCAAAAACAUGUUGUCCAUGAUGAACCAUCAGAGUACAGUCCAGAUCAUGACAGGGACAAUGCUGACCCUAGUCCCAUACAUGAAGAGCACCAUUUUGAAUUGUCCCCUGAAAAUGGCUCCCCCAAGUCUCCUCCUGCACAGACUACCCCUGUUAGAUAGGGAAUGUAUAUUAUUUUGUUAUCAUACAAAGUAGAAUAAUAAUUACGAGAACAUUUAGUUUCAAUCAUGUUAAUCCAGAUUAUUUUCAUUAAAACUGUAUUAUGUAAUACGCUGUUCAAAACAUCUUACAAGGCAUAAUCCAUAAGGUUAUGCUAUGCUUUGUUACCAGCAGGUGGCAGUAUAAUUGCACACAGACAUGACAGGUAAAAGCUUUAUCCUCAGUACUAAAUCCAAGUGUGUGUGAGUGUGUGUGUUCGUGUGCAUGUGCGUGUAAUAUAAUAAACUGAGCAAAAUCA